AUGAUUUCAUCAGCUGCCAAACCCUGUGAGCCGAACGUGUGCCAGAACGGCGGAAACUGCACCUCCUGCUUCAACGGCUCCAGCACCUUCUGCGACUGCCCUGAUGGGUUCGAGGGAAGGACGUGUGAAAUAAACAUUGACGAGUGCGCCUCCAAUCCGUGCCAAAAUGGCGGAACCUGUGAUGACGGCAUCAACUCCUACAUCUGUCGCUGCCUCAACGGAUUCCUGGGCGUGAACUGUGAAACUGCACCAAGCUGGUGUUCCCCAGACCCAUGUCCGUUCGGCUGGACCUGCGAGGAUCACACCUUCUAUUUCCACUGCAACGAUCUUGCUUCCGUCAAACGAAUGGUUUCCUACGAGUGCAGCAGCGCCUCCUGUCCAGAUGACAUGUACUGCACCGAGGAAGGCGAGGCCUCCUUCUCGUGCAAACCUGAGUGACCGAGAGGUCAAAGGUCUUCUACUUAAACCAGGAUGGCGGUCGAAGCUUAAUCUUCAUCAAUGAUGGAAGAAAAUAAAGUGAUUAAAAAUGA